UAAAUGUGCUCUUCAUAUAUUUGUCCUAGGGUUUAAAAAAAAAAGUAAUAUUAUUCCUGUACUUCUUGGUUACUUCUUGCUGCACUUUCAAAAGUCAAGGUGUGCUUAAGGAAAGAACAUCUUGUUUCUGAAACAGAAUUUUUUUUAAAAUUUCUUUUGGCCAGCGUGAAGACAGGAAGCAGAUUACUUGAAAGUCGUAGGUGCUGCGCUCGCCUCUUGCUUGCGACGGUCUUCCUGAGAUGCCGCCGCUCUCCUGCUCGCCCGGCCGCAGGGCACUUUCCUUGGCCGCCUUGCUGCUCUUCCUAGUCAUCUGCUUGAGCCCCGGUUUUUCAAGAGGAAAUAAACUUAAGGUGAUGCUUCAAAGACGAGAAGCCCCAGUUCCAGCGAAGGGAGAAGUGUCUGUGAAAGAAGAUAAGGCCAAGAUGUUCUUAAGCAGCCUGAAACGUCAGAAACGCCAGCUUUGGGACAGGAGUCAACCUGAUGUACAACAGUGGUACCAGCAAUUCCUUUACUUGGGCUUUGAUGAAGCUAAAUUUGAAGAUGAUGUCUCCUACUGGUCAAACUUGGGACUUAGUGGCCAUGAAUAUUAUGGUGGUUAUUACCAGCACCAUUAUGAUGAAGAUGCUCCAAUUGGUCCACGAAACCCACACACUUUCAGGCACGGAGCCAGUGUCAACUACGACGAUUAUUAACCUUGAAUCUUAUUCUCUGAUUAAGAACCUCCUGAAGAGCAAUAAGGACCUCCCCCUCCCUACUUUACCCUCCCUCUUUUUCAAGUUUUAACUAUAUUGUUAAACACGAGGAAAAUGUAAUUAUACUUUUUUAUAUUCAUUCAGUAGCACAUAAUGUAGAUGUGUUAGAAUUAAAGUUUCAUAAUAAACUCAACCAUUUCAUCAA